GUUGGGCAAAGCAACAGCAAUCUGUAUGUAUGUUUUUUUGUCUGGACUUCCUUGUACACGAAGACACAUUGUACUUCAUACUCUCAGAGGCCAGCUACAUGACGAGCUGACUGACAUUAAGGGUAAACAAACUUAAAUUAUGGCAGUUGUCGAACCAGCACCAAGAAGGAUUUCUCAGCAAAGGGCUAAGCUGACAUCACUGCCUCUAUACUAUGAUGGCUUCCUGUGGAUUAAACGAAACAAAAGCAAUGAAAUGAAGUGCUGGACGGAACUAAGAGGAAACAAACUUUUUCUUUACAAUGAUAAAAAGCAAGAAAAGUUCAAUGAUUGUAUAAACCUGCAGAGUCUGGUGUCGGUUGCAGACGAAUAUCCACUACAGAAACAGUGGGCAGAAGUUAAACUGACCUUGGCGAACGAGGAAGUGUGCAUAAAGACGGAAACUGCAGAAGAUGCUGAAGAGUGGAAGGGAUUUAUUCUGACUGUAGUUGAGCUAUCAGUCCCGACUCACUUGACCCUGUUACCUGGACAAAUAAUUAGGCUUAAAGAAGUGCUAGAAAAAGAAACAUCAAGGAGCGCAUCUCAAUCUUAUGAGGAGCCAAUCCUUUCACCGACUGUUGCCUCUGCAUGUCAGCCUGAACUAUAUAUGGAUGUUGCAAAUGUAAAUGAAAUGCCUCUGUGUUUUCACAAUGUAUCUCGCCAAGAAGCUGCAGAAAUGCUCUUGAAGAAUGGAAGUCACGGUAAUUUAAUCCUGAGGCCUGGAGCAGACAACAAGAACUUUGCUGUAUCCAUCCUUGAGCCAUCUGAGAAUAGCAGGUCUCCUAUCAAACAUUACAGGAUAAUAAGAACAGACACAAACUACAUCAUUGAACUAGACAAGCCUGUCACACUUAACACCCUUGAUGAAGUUGUGCAGCAUUUUGUUACUGAAACCAGAGGAAAACUGAAGCCAUUUAUUUCCAACAUAUAUGACACACAGAUUGAUUGCAUUGUAGAAGAAAGUGAAGGCCAGAAGAAAUCUACUGAGUCCAGAACAAGAAUGAUAGCGAAACAAUUGUCACAAGGCUUAAAUUUUAACUUACAGCGCGGAAAGGAGAAUUCCUAUAUGAAUGUACAGUACUGCCAGGAAAGAAGAAAUAACAACAAUACAUAGGGUGAAGAGAAAUUUUUAAAUGGACACAUCACUGUGGACCAAGACUUCUGGAUAAUACAAUAUUUAAAGAAAUAAAGUUGCACCUACAUAAACCAGCUUCGACAAACCAAAAACUACUAUUUAACUGAUAUCAGCAAAAAAAAGCAAAAUGGACUAACUUGUCAGCAACCUAAAACACAUCCCAUUCUUCAAUUCCAUGCUCUGAAUAAAUGUAUCUUGAAGCCCAA